AUCACAAGAUCCAAGACGAUCAUCCUUUGAAUAUGGCACAAGUACAGAAAUGUUACAGCCCCAGUGACCGCAUACUGACGUUUGCUGAUGUACCUGAUGACCACGACUUUUUAUGUAUGGACUACAGCUCUAACAGAGCUCAGAUGUCGUGUGGUCACACAGUCACGCCCCCCUCUCUCACUCAGUGGUGCCACCGGCAACUCAACCGGGGUAAAGGCCACCUGCAGUGCGGCGUCUGCGGUGCUAAGUGGACUCUGGAUGAAGUGGCCAAAAUGGCUCUUCUGACGGAUGAGGAGAAGGAUGCUUUUGAAAAGAAGCUGUCUGCCAACUUUUUACUUCAUGAUCUCAAAGUCAAAUUUUGUCCUGGCUGCAAGUCUUGUGUUUCGAGGCAGGACCCAGAAAAACUGUGUGUGCGCUGUCCCCAGUGCACAAAGAGGCAAAAAGCCGUCCAUGAGUUCUGUUGGCAGUGUCUGAAAAAAUGGAAAGGUCCAUAUAAUCACUCAGAUCAUUGUGGCAAUGAAGGAUGUGAGAAUCCUGCACUGGUUACUCUUCUAAAUUGCAAAGAGAUUGAGUUUACUGAUGUGAAGGGCGUCAAAGGGUGCCCCUUGUUCCGUGCCUGUCCCAACUGUGGGUCACUGAUAGAGCACAAGUCUUCCAAAUGUAAGAAUGUGACCUGUGCAGAGUGCAAACUGGAGUUCUGCUUUGUGUGUCUGAAAAAGACCACAGAGUGUUUGAAGACAAGCAGAUAUUACAUACCCUGCUCCAGUGGUGUGGCCCCCAGGCAGACCUCCAUCCCUGUGAGGAGAUAGUGUUUAUAUCCUCUCCUAUUUGCUUAAGAUAAUGUGCUUAGAAAAUCAUGCAUUGAGCUCAAUGUAACAGAUAUAUCAUCAAAUAUAAAAUUCUUAGGGUUAGCAGUUAAAGGGCAGGUGUAUUAUUCUAUCCAGUCAUGUUUUCCUGAUGUUCUGUUGCUGUGUUAUAAUCAAUAAUUAUAUA